AUGCCAGAUGAGAUCCUCCUCCAUAUUCUCUCCUUUGUUCCCACCGAGGACGCCAUCACUACUUCCGUCUUGUCCAGACGAUGGAGGCAUGUAUGGUGCUGGACACACAGUCUCGAAUUUCAAGACUAUUCUAGGCGAACGAGGACGGUUCAAGACAUAAACCAAACCCUAAUUUCCUACAAGGCUCCGAAAAUCACGAGUUUCCUUCUUCACAUGACCCUCGGGCCUGAUGUCCUUGUAUCCCAAAUGGAUAGCUGGAUAGAGUUCGCUAUGUCCCGCAACGUCGAAGAACUGUCUUUAUCAGUCAACCCACACGCGGAGAAUUAUAGUUUCCCAGAUGUCUUCUAUCUUAGUUCCUCUUUAGAGCAACUAAGCCUGACCAUCGGUUUCUAUAUGAUUCCAAGAUGCACAGUGUCUUGGAAAUCCCUAAAGAACUUGUCAUUGACUGGAUGUUUUCUCAAAGAUGAAUCUUUUGCUAAUAUUCUCUCCGGCUGUCCAGUUCUUGAAAGCUUGAACUUUCAUCGCUGUUAUCGUUUACCUAAGCGUCUUGAUCUGAGUAAAUCACCGAGUCUGAAGAGAUUGGAGAUAUAUCAUCAAUUAAGGCAUACAGGACCAAUGGAGACUCUAGAGCAUAAAGAACCAGUGGAGAUUAUAGCGCCGCACAUCCUUUAUUUGAAUUUGAGUAGCUCUGAGGAACCACCAUUCACUUUAGUGGAUGUCUCUUCUUUGACCGAAGCUAGCCUUGACAUUUGCAUUAGAUUUCGACCCUUUAUUUUUAAUUCCAAGGCUCAUUCUCUUCAAACAAUGGUGCUAAAGAUGCUAGCGAAAUUGCAAAGCGUAGAGAGGCUUUCUUUUGAUGGAACCUUUCUUCAGAUUCUAUCUCUCGCCGAGCUACGUGGUGUUCCUUUCCCAACGCUCAGUGUCCAAACUUUGACUCUUGUAACCAAGCUUACAAGAUCUGUUGUUCCUGGUAUACAAAGGUUACUACAAAAUUCACCGAGAUUAAAGAAGCUAAUAGCAAAAGCAGCGAACCCUGCCGACAUGAUAAAGGAUAGGGACAUGGACAGCUAUUUGGAUUCACAAGGCUUGAAUCCGGAUCAAUGUUGGAGUUCAAAAUAUGAGUUGUUUCCUACCUCAUAUGAGUUUCGUCAGGAGGCAAUGUCCAAACUUGUGGCAUCGUUCAUUGAAAUGUUGCUGAGGAACGUAAACACACUAGAGACGUUGGUUGUAGUGUUGAAAUAUAUCCGUUACGAUGCAAAACGGUUUGAAGAGUUGCUUCAGACGCUUUCUAACAACAAUAAUGUCUCCAUCGUCUUCAAGCGCUAA